AUGGCGGGCACGCCCACCGUGACUGACAACCUGCUAGCUGUGUGGCAUGCCUAUCGUCUUCCUCUCCUCAUUGCUUUCUCCACAUUAUUUAUCGCCUUUCGUACCUAUCGCAAGAUUCAAGCGCGAUCGAAAACCUUGGCUUCCGCUUCGAUCCCGUCGUCACCGCGCACCCAAUCCCCCGAAAAGGCGCAGAAAAUCCCGGCUCCGACUGAGAAGCAGGGCCCCGUUGCGACCCCGGCCACCACCAGGCCCAUUCAAAAUAGCUCACUCUCAAAGACCUCCUCGGGGCCCAAGCGUGUUCAGGGCAAGAAGCCAGUCAAGACCAUUGCCGGCCGCCGUGCAUCCGCCGAGGAGGGUCAUCCCACCACCUUCAUCCAGCCGAUCAUCUUCUUUGCCUCCUUGACCACCACCACUGAACGAUAUGCGAAGACCCUUUUGGAAGAAUUGCGCGCGGCAUCUCAGAAGCAAGUCGAUUCUCAAGACCGGGAACGGGGACUCUUUCCCCCGCAGAUCCAGGAUCUGGCCGAGGUCGAGUUCGACGAGUUUUUUACAAGCAUCCCCCAGCCACCCACCACCUCGCCCGGUACUCGCUAUUUGUACUGUAUUCUAGUUCCCACGUACAACGUUGACAGCAUUCUCAAUACUUUCCUGGGCCAUCUCGAGGAAACUCAUCAUGAUUUCCGAAUUGACACCGCGCCCCUCUCCCAGUUGGCAGGCUAUUCCGUCUUCGGGUUUGGUGACAAGGUCGAAUGGCCAACGGAAGAGGAAGGCUUCUGCUCCCAGGCAGCAGAGAUCGAUCGGUGGAUGGCGAAACUCACAGGCCGCAAGCGUGCCUACCCCAUGGGCAUGGGUGAUGUGAAGUCAGAUGCGGAGACGGCGUUGAAGGAAUGGUCCUCUGGGCUCCAGGAUACACUAUUCGAUAUUGUGCAGAAUGGCGGCCUUGGCGAGGGAGUUCCCGGUAGCGGUGAUGCACUAGAGAGCGAUGAGGAGGAUUUGGACGAUGAGAACGAGUCUUCAGAGGGCAAGAAAAAUGGCCAGACGAUGGUGGACUUGGAAGACAUCAAGAUGAACGGCGAUUCCGCUGGUCCCAUCCCGGUGGACUUCACCACCGUAGGCAAAGCUGUGUCCGCGGAGCCAGCAGCUAAGGAAAUGGUCCCCACGACCUCCCCGACCUAUGCCGCCUUGACCAAGCAAGGGUACACGAUUGUUGGCUCACAUUCCGGUGUGAAGAUCUGCCGGUGGACCAAGUCUGCUCUCCGUGGCCGUGGUUCCUGCUACAAGUAUUCUUUCUACGGCAUCCGAUCCCAUCUCUGCAUGGAGGCGACUCCGUCGCUGUCUUGUAGCAACAAAUGUGUCUUUUGCUGGCGCCACGGCACGAACCCUGUCGGGACGACCUGGCGAUGGAAGGUCGAUUCUCCUGAGCUGAUCUUUGACGGCGUCAAGGCGGGUCAUUACAAGAAGAUCAAGAUGAUGAAGGGUGUGCCCGGUGUUCGAGCUGAGCGCUUCGCUGAAGCAAUGCGAAUUCGCCACUGUGCCUUGAGUCUGGUCGGCGAGCCCAUUUUCUACCCUCACAUCAACCGUUUUCUGGACAUGUUGCACGACGAGCGCAUCUCCAGCUUCCUUGUUUGCAAUGCCCAGCACCCCGAUCAGCUCGAGGCAUUGCACCGUGUCACUCAGCUCUAUGUUUCUAUCGACGCUAGCAACCGUGAAACUUUGAAAAAGAUUGACCGUCCCCUACACCGCGACUUCUGGGAGCGAUUUCAGCGCUGUCUGGACAUUCUACGAGAAAAGCGCCAUAUUCAACGUACUGUUUUCCGACUGACCCUCGUCAAGGGGUUCAAUCUGGAUGAUGAAGUUAUUGGAUAUGCUAACUUGGUCGAGAAGGCCUUGCCAGGUCUGAUCGAGAUCAAGGGUGUGACCUUCUGUGGAACCAGCACAAGUGCUGGUGUUGGUUUGACCAUGCAGAAUGUGCCAUUCUAUGAAGAAGUCACCACAUUUGUCAUUGCCCUGGACAAGGAACUGAAGCGUCGGGGUCUGAAGUAUGGAAUUGCUGCUGAGCAUGCGCAUAGCUGCUGUGUGUUGAUUGCUUCGGAGCGGUUCUAUGUGAAUAACAAGUGGCACACCCGAAUCGACUACGAUCGUUUCUUCGACCUGCUGGAGAAGGAGAAGGUAGAUGGCACUCCUUUCACUCCGGAGGACUAUAUGCGUGAAACAGAAGAGUGGGCAACCUGGGGCCGUGGCGGAUUUGAUCCCAAUGACGAACGUGUUUAUCGCAAGGGCCGCACUCGGGCUGAAGCUAGGGCCCAAGCCCUCGAGGCUGCUGCUGCUGCUGCCCCUACAUCAUAA